UUGAGCUGAGAGUCUGAGACUCAACACUGAAAUCUUCGAACUAUCUCAGCACAAUAUCUUUCUUCACGUCUAUGGCUACUAUAUGCUCUUCCUCCUCAAACCAUUCUCCAUCCCUCCCCACUGUCUCUCUCUACUCCAUUCCCACCAAAUCAUCUUCAGUCCGAACUCUGCAAYCCUUGCWGUAUCCUCCAUCAUUCUCUUCUGCUACUCCAUCUUCCAAGCCUGGUGGUCUCGGCCUAGCCUCUGACGACUCGCUUGCUGUAGCGGCUGCAGCUGAAGCAGUUGCUCUCGCAAGUGCUGCAGCUCAGGCUGCUAGAGAUGCUGCUUCUUCGGCAUUGGCGCUCACUGAGUGCCAAUUUGGUGGGAACAAUAUGUUGGCAGGAAAUUUUGAUCGAGUAUCUGAUUGGGCUGAUUGGACCAGAGUAGGGGGAGCUGCAAGGAGUAGGAGAAAGAAACGCAGUAAGGCUUUGGAAUUAUCUGCAGGUGUGGAUUUAAGCAAUAAUUGCAUGGAAAGUUGUUCAUUUAGGCCUUCUCGGUCUAUGUAUCUAACACCUAAAGAAGAGGCUGAGUUUUCUCUGUAUCUCAAGGAGGAAGCAAGAUUAGAAGCAGCCAGGACAAGACUUAGGGAGACCAAUGAGCAUGAGCCAACCUCGUCUCAAUGGGCUGAAGCAGCAGGAAUGAGGGGAGCAACUCUAGACAAGAUGUUAUGUCAAGCAAGAGAGUCUAGAGAAAGGAUUGUUUUCAGCUACCGGAGACUCAUCUUCUCAAUUGCCAGUGGUUAUCAAGGCAAGGGAUUAAGCCUGCAAGAUCUCAUCCAGGAGGGAAGCAUUGGACUUCUUCGAGGGGYGGAGAGGUUUGAUCCAAGAAAAGGAUAUAAGCUAUCAACAUAUGUCUACUGGUGGAUCAAGCAGGCUAUUAUCAGAGCUAUAGCAAGCAAAUCCAGAAUGGUCAGGUUGCCGGGAAGCGUGUCUGAGAUGAUGGCAAAGAUUGCAGAAGCUAACACUGUUUUAAGCACGAGGUUAGGAAGAGUACCCACAUAUGAUGAGAUUGCAGACAUGCUUGGCAUUUGUGUUUCAACUGUAUCGCUCCUUUGCGAGAGAAGUAGACCACCAAUGUCGGUAGAUCGCACUUACUCUGACCAUGGAUGUAUGAAACUACAGGAGAUCAUAUCAGGGCCAGAGGAGACAACGCCAGAGACCAUGGUGAAUAGACAGCUAAUGAAGCAGGAAGUAGAGAGGCUCCUCAAGAUACUUGGUGAAAGAGAGGCAAACAUCUUGAGAUUGUACUUUGGACUAAAUGGAGAGACGCCUUGUUCAUUUGAGGAGAUAGGAAGAUUGUUAAACCUUUCCAGGGAGAGGGUUCGACAGAUCUAUUAUAUUGCUCUAGCAAAGCUACAGCAAUCGAAUACCAUCGACGAUCUUAGAUUGUAUUUCUUGUAGAUGCUUUACUCUCAAAGUGUAAAUGAAGAAAAAUUUUAGAGGGGAAAGCAUAUUAUGGAAACCUCCCUGUUCCCUUUUUCCUUAUCCAAAAGCUUUAGCACAACUCUGUUAUACCAAAGUAUGUUCUAUAAUAUUGGUUUUUCAAAAGAA